AUGAAUUCAGUUGCAGUGACUAUUAGUCGUGGGUGUUUUGAGUAUGGACUUGAGACUUCAUACAUCAAUGACUGUUUUGCUAAGAUCGGACAGUGUAUGCACCUUGUCUACACCGGGCCAUUUAUGUUUGUCAGGGAAAAGCAGAACAUUCAGAAGCUGUUUGAGGGGAUGCCUGGGCGUAUCUGUCUUUCUCUGGACUUGUGGUCUUCAUGCCAAACUACGGGCUACAUGUUUGUAACUGGGCAGUUCAUCGAUAGUGACUGGAAAAUGCACUGUAAACUCCUAAAUGUCAUAAUGGAACCAUAUCCCGAUUCAGCUACUGCUUUCAGUCAUUCUGUUGCUGCUCGUCUUUUUGAUUGUAGUAUGGAUGGCAGGUUAUUUUCUGUAGCCAUCAAUCAACCGCUGAAUGAUGCUGCAGUUGAUAAUCUUAGAGCUAUACUCUCUGUUAAGAACCUCCUCGUUCUUAAUGGUCAAUUGUUGGUCGGAAAUUGCGUUGCUCGAUCUCUAAGCAGCGUAGUCCAAGAUGCACUAACUUCUGUGCAGGAGAUUGUGAAUAAAGUCAGAGAUAGUGUCAAGUAUGUGAAAACUUCAGAUUCACGUGAGGAGAGUUUCUUGAGCUGA